UGCCAGGGUAGGGCGCCCCUCACUUAGCGGCCAAGAGCAGCGGGGCCAUGCUUCGGGGGGCGCUGCGGUUCGGCUUGGGCCCGGGCCUCUUGGGCCGGGGGCUAGGCACACACAGAGGAGGCUCUACUCUGGACUGGGAUGGAAAGGUGUCGGAGAUUAAGAAGAAGAUCCAGUCCAUCCUUCCUGGAGGGGCCUGGAGUCCACUGUGUGACACCAGCCACCUGCCCCCUGAACACUCCGAUGUGGUGAUUGUUGGCGGUGGGGUGGUCGGCCUGUCCGUAGCCUAUUGGCUGAAGAGGUUGGAGAAGCAGCAAGGUGGCCCAGGUUCCAUCCCUGGUCGGGGAACUAAGAUCCCGCAAGCAGCAGCGCGGCCAAAAAAAAAUUACCUUUGGUAUUCCCAGGCCUCCACCGUGCUUUCUGUGGGUGGGAUUCGCCAGCAGUUCUCGUUGCCUGAGAACAUCCAGCUCUCCCUCUUUUCGGUCGAAUUUCUCCGGAACAUCAAUGAGUACCUGGCCGUGGUCGAUGACCCUCCCCUGGACCUCCAGUUCAACCCCUCUGGUUACCUCUUUCUGGCUUCAGAGGAGGGGGCUACGAUCAUGGAAAACAACGUGAAAGUGCAGAGGCAAGAAGGAGCCAAAGUUUGUCUGAUGUCUCCGGAGCAGCUUCGGAAGAAGUUUCCCUGGAUAAACACAGAGGGAGUGGCUUUGGCAUCUUAUGGGUUGGAGAACGAAGGUUGGUUUGACCCCUGGUGUCUGCUCCAGGGGCUUCGGCGAAAGGUCCAGUCCAUGGGGGUCCUUUUCUGCCACGGAGAGGUGACACGUUUCGUCUCUUCAUCUAACCACAUGGAGACCGCCAGUGGGGAGAAGGUGACUUUGAAAAGGAUCCAUGAAGUCCAUGUGAAGGUGGACCAUAGCCAGGAGUACCAGCCCGUGGAAUGCGCCAUAGUGGUCAAUGCAGCGGGGGCCUGGUCUGGGCGAAUCGCAGAGCUGGCUGGCAUUGGGAAGGGGCCGCCUGGCACCCUGCAGGGCACCAAGCUGCCUGUGGAGCCGAGGAAAAGGUAUGUGUACUUGUGGCACUGCCCCCAGGGACCAGGCCUGGAGGCUCCGCUUGUCGCAGACCCCAGCGGAGCCUAUUUCCGCCGGGAAGGAUUAGGCAACAACUACCUGGGCGGCUGUAGCCCCUCUGAGGAGGAGGAACCAGACCCAGGGAACCUGGAAGUGGACCAUGCUUUCUUCCAGGAGAAGGUGUGGCCCCGUCUGGCCCGGAGGGUGCCAGCUUUUGAGGCUCUGAAGGUUCGGCGCGCUUGGGCCGGCUACUACGACUACAACACCUUUGACCAGAAUGGCGUGGUGGGCCCUCACCCCCUCGUCAUCAACAUGUACUUUGCGACAGGCUUCAGCGGCCACGGGCUCCAGCAGGCCCCCGCCGUGGGGCGGGCUGUGGCAGAGGUGAUGCUGGAGGGCCGCUUCCAGACCAUCAACCUGAGCCCCUUCCUCUUCAGCCGCUUUUACUUGGGAGAGAAGGCCCAAGAGCGCUGUAUCAUCUGAGCCUGUGAGCUCUUCGCUGGGCCCCGACGCCCCAUCUGUCACCCUGGGCUCCGACCCUGGCCCACGUUCACACCGCCUCACUGCUUGAUUGCUCCCCAGCACCAUGCCAGGGUCUCCUCCGCCCCCCUCUCGCCCAGGCCAUCCCCCCCCCGUAUGGCUGGGCAGGCGGGCCGACCACUGCCUAAGGCCCAGGCUGACAGAGAACGAUGGGGCGGGACCCCAGGACUGAUCAUGGCCCAGGCUGAUGCCACCCACCAGGAGCCCAGCCGGACAGAACACCUCAGGAGACCUGAGCACCGUGGCCCAGGACUGGCUCCUUCGUGGGACCGACCCAGAAAGACUGCCUCUGCCCACCUUUCGGCAGAGCCCAGGCAGGGAGCAUUCUGGGGCAGCCUGGCCCAGGUCUAUGGACUUGUCUAUUUACCGUAUUCAUCGAUCAAUAAAUGUGAUUAACGCCUUC